UACACUGAUAAACGUAAACACCUAAACAAAAAGUUGAAAUUCAAUAUAAACAGAUUAUCGUUAUUAAUUAUUCUAAAUUUGAAUAACCAUGCAUCUUAAUGGGCAAUUUUUAUCUUGCGUAUAAUACUGGGCGUGUAAGUCGGCCAAUGUUCUCAAAUAUUGUUGCGUGAAAUCUAAACUUCACAUCUCACUAAGCAGGAAAAAUGAUCAACGAUGAUGACUACCGUACCUGCCCGUACAACACCAGCCACCGCAUCCUCGUCACAAGAUUCCCUCACCAUCUAAUAAAAUGCCAGAAGAACAAUCCGCCGUUAAUAAUCUGUCCGUUCAACGCAACACAUCGGUACAAUCAAAAGGAAAUUAAAGAACAUUGUCUCCAGUGCCCGGAUAGGAAACCGUUUGAAUAUGAUUAUAAGGCAGCAAAGAAGAUUACCAUUGGGGCCAUGACAGCUCCGAAACCUAUUUUACAGAAGGAGUAUUUACCAGAACAGGACAGAGAUUAUUGGGAUGAUUAGUUUUACUUUUUGACUAGUAUGCCAUUUGCUUAAGUACUUAAAGAAAGAUUAACAAUCUUGGUGAGUCUUUUAGUUAAAAAAAACUUAGUUUAAAAAUGUUUUUUUUUAUUAUUUAUUUAAUUAUCACACUAAUCUACCAUAAUUUAUUUCCAUAAUUCCAUAAUGGUUUUAUCAAAAAAUUGGUGCUUGUUUAUGUUUAAAUCAAACCUACACCUUGUGCAUACAACUCCAUGCUUAGAAUCGCAGGACCACCACAAUACUUAAAAUAAACGCUCCUAAAGUAAUGAAAACCAAAGAGAUUACCAAAUCAAAUAUACCUCUGAUAAAUAAAUCAAUCAAUAAAGACACGUUUACUUAUUUAAUAUGCAUUUGUAUAAAAAGACACCAAGAUUAUUAACUCAAGUACAAAUAGCCCCGUCUCCCUUCCACAGGCCAACAGUGAAACAUGAACUUCAGCUUCAAAUAUUUACCAUACAAAUAAAAAAUAAGUUUUUCGAUUGUAGAAAAGAGUUUUACAGGCACGGAUCUUGAGCGCUGACCUUCACCUGCGCAGAAGUGAUUGUUUGUGUCCCUUUUGCGGUAUGAAGUGAGGCGCGGGGCAGUCUCAAGUGCAGUGAUUGUCACGCGCAUCGCGUCAUAGCCGACAUGAGCGAUUCUUUAUUUGGUGCAGUUGCAUGCACCUCAAGACGACGAGUACGCACAAUUGAUUGGCGUUUUAUUUUACGAUGCUCAAAGCGUUCCCCACUCUCCCGCCGAGCGCUCAAGAUCCGUGCCGAUAACUAUAGCGCGCUACAAGGCAUCCACAUAUACUAAUGGACAUGCCUUAGAGAUGAGAAUUAUGGCACUCCGAAAGAAAGAGAGGAAACGAAGUUCCGGUCUAUUUUUAUCUCUUUAAAAUUAUAUGCCGUGCUUGUCAUGAAAACUGAGCGCAAAUCAUCUAUGAAGAAAGAGACAGCGCUAGACCGAAAGCAUAGGCUGUCUCUCUCACUCUUUUCAAGGGCCACGCCUUCGAGGCCCAUAGAUCAUAAAAUAUAAAUGAUUUAAAACAUUUUUUCUUAAAAAAUAUGAUUUAUUUUUAAUUUUGUUAGUAAAGAUAGUUUGACGUGAUUUUAAGAGAAUUAAAAUAGUUAUUUAAUAAGUAUAGACUUAAUUUGAAGUACAUAGAAGUAAGUACCAAAAUUUAAGCAAAAGAUAUCUGAAUUUGUUAUUUUGUUAUAAAUAAAUAUUUUUAAAAGUAA